AAUUUAAAUAGAAAUAUAAAAAAAAGUAAAUAACUUGUUUGUAAAAAAAAAAAAUCGAGAGAAAAAAAAGAUAAAAAUAUUAUGUGUCAGUUUGAUUGUGAAUCCAAGAGGGCGUUAAUAGGCUGACGUGUUUUUAGCCGCGGACAUGAAAAAAAUAUGGUGAAAUCGAAAAUUUAGAAGUGCGCGGAAACAUUCGAUACUUGGUGUUGUUGUAAAGCUUCAUAUUAACAAUUGUUAAAUAAUUAUUGUCUAUGUUAUUAUAUGGUGUAUUACAAUAAGACUAUUGUUAAUUAAUACGUGAUAAUAAAUUAAGUGUGGUUAUAAUAUAUUGUUUGUCAACAACAAAAUAGUGUGAAAUAUAUUUUUUAGUGUGUGGCUGAUGUUUAUACCUAAAGUACCAAUGUGGCGCGCAGGCACUGGGUUAUCAAUGGUGGGCGCGUGAUUUUAAACAAAUUUAUAAACAUAUUAACAUUUCAAUUGAGAUUUUGUUUUUAAAUAUAUAUAUACUUUUUUUUUUUUUAAAUUAUUAUUUAAUUGAGGCAAAAUGUCUGAUUCACCAACACAUCAUUUAUCGGAUUCAUUAAUGCUUGAUGAACAUGACAUAAAUGAAUUUCGUAUGUCUCAUUCAUCUGAUGAAUAUCCAACAAAUAAUUUUGAAGAAAUUGAAUAUCAAGAUUUAGAUUGUACAAAUGAAGAAGUCAUGACAACAGAAGAGACAAUUAUUAUGGAAAGAUCAGAUCAUCAAUUAAUGGAACAUAUUGAAAUUGAUAAUGAUCCUGAUCAAGAAGCUGAACAUGAUAUUAUACAACAACUUCAACGUGAAAGUGAUGAAGGAAUUGAGCAUGAAUAUGAUAAUCAUGAAAUUGAGUAUGAAACUGAUGAAGUUGAGGCUGCACUUGAUCCUGACCUUGAUGCUGAUUUUGAAGCUGAUGAAGAACAAGAUGAUGUAGUAAUGACUGAACCACGCAAUCAAGAAUUAAUAGAAGAAGAAGACAGAGUAGAAGAAGAAAGAGAAGAAGAAGAAGAAGAAGGACUAGAUGAAUCAGAUGAAUUAGAUGCUGAUGAAAUAUCAAGUCCACAAGUUUCAUAUACAAAUACAAGUAAUCAAAAUAUAGUAUUUCAAGCAAAACCAACAUUUCAAAAAAUUUCAACUCCAAAUAUAUCUGUAAAACCAAUUCCAUCACAAUCAUCUCAAAGUCAGAAUACAUUCAUGAUUGUACCUGAUGGACAAGGUUCAAAUCAAGUAUUAAAAAUAUCACAUGCAUCAGGUACAACACAAAGUCAAUUACAAUCAAUUGCACAAUCAAUAAUAACAGCAAAAACACCUGAUGGUCAUAUUAUACAUUUACGAUCAGCUCAAACUGGUAAACCUCUUGUUGCAACAAGUCAAGGUGCUAAUGUAACAAUUCAAAAUGUACAAAAUCCAAAAAUAAUGACAAACACAAUUAAAAGAACAAUACAAAAUACAAAUCAACAACAAAAUCGUAAUUUAUAUACUAAAAUGUUACUAAGUAGUGGAAAUCAACAAGGACAAGAAAUAUAUGUUCCAGCAAAUAGUAAAGAUAAUCAACAACAAACAUAUAAAUAUUAUACAACAACAUCAUCAAGUGGUAAUGAUAAUACAAAUUCAACAAAAUCAAUGUCUAUUAAUCAACCACAAAUGAGUUUUGUUCAACAACAACCACAACAACAACAACAACAUACAGUUUCUAAAGUUCAAAAUAUUAUACCAAUGACAACAACACCAAAACAAUAUGUGUACAGUCAUAAAAUUGGACAAUCAACAGCUCAACCACCAAAGCUAUCAGUAAUACCAAGUAAAUCAUUACCAACUAAAAUACUACCAGCACCAAUUAUGACAACACAAAUAAGACCAGCAAAUAUAUCAAAUUCACAACAAAUGCAAUUUACAACAGCCAAAAAUCCUUCACAACAAAAUCCACACAAAGUUUUUAUAAGACAGGCUUCAUUAAAACCAGGAACAGUAUUUGGAAGUGGUCAUGUUAUAAGAAUACCAUCAAAUCAAAAUAUUAUUAAUUCAAAUCAAGUACAUCAAAUACAACAAAUACCUGGUGGUAAACAAGUACAAUUAGUUAGAAUUGUUAAUUCAUCAUCAUCAUCAUCAUCAUCAUCAUCACCAAGUACAAGUAAACCAAAAACUCAAACAAUGGGUGUUACACAAAGAAUGGGAUGUGUACCACAACAACUUCUUAAAGUUGUACCAAUAAAUGCAUCAAAUCAACAACAAUUAAGACACGUGGCACCAAAAACAACAAUGUCUGGUACACAAAGAAUAUUAAUACCAGCAACAUCAAUGAAUGUUAGUGGACAAAAUAAAAAUACAGUUGGUAUACCAGCAUCUCGUAUUAGUCAAUUAACAUCUGGUCAAACAAUUUUAUCAACAAAUUCAAAUGUUGGUAAUAUUGUUCUUUUACCAUCUGGUUUUAUGCAACAACAACAACAGCAACAACAACAUUCUCAAAAUCAACAACAUAAACAACUUAAACAUAGAUCAGCAUUUACACCACCACCUAAAGAUUUUUUGGAUCCAAAUAAACCAACGACAACGACAACAACAACAAAUAUUUAUAAAUCAUUAUCACCAAAAAAUUCAUCAAGUUCAAUUGCUGGAAAUUUAUCAACAACAUCUGAAUCAUCACUUAUUUCAGCACCAUCAACACCAACACCAAAAUCAUCAAAAACACCAUCAUCACCAGUUGAUUCAAAUGGUGUUAGACAAAGAAAACCAUGCAACUGUACAAAAUCACAGUGUCUUAAAUUAUAUUGUGAUUGUUUUGCAAAUGGUGAAUUUUGUAAUUCAUGUAAUUGUACAAAUUGUUCAAAUAAUUUGGUAAAUGAAGAAGAACGACAAAAAGCUAUUAAAUUAUGUCUCGAAAGAAAUCCAAAUGCUUUUCGUCCAAAAAUUGGUAAAGCACGUGAAAGUGGUGAUGAUAUACGUAGACAUAAUAAAGGAUGUAAUUGUAAACGAUCUGGUUGUUUAAAAAAUUAUUGUGAAUGUUAUGAGGCUAAAAUAGCAUGUUCAGGAAAUUGUAAAUGUAUAGGAUGUCGAAAUGUUGAAGAACCAGUGAUACAGGAUAAUAAAGCAUUAAAAGAUCUUGCUGAUGCUGCUGAAGCAAGAACAACACAAAUUAUGAUGGAUAAUGCAAGAAUGAGACAAUUUCCAUCAGCAUUUAGACCAUCAGCUUCAUCAAAUACUGGACUAAGACAACCUUUUAAUUUCUUGACUGAUAAAGUUAUAGAAUCAACUUGUCAAUGUUUAUUAGCACAAGCUGAAGAUGCUGAACGUGGUAUGUUUGAUGAAGAAACAUCACAAAGACUGAUUAUUGAAGAAUUUGGUAGAUGUUUCAAGGAAAUUAUUGAAACUGCUCAAAAAGUUGAAUCAACAAAUACAUAGCAGAUUAUUACAAAUAAUCGUUUCUCAUUUAUUCAAAAAAAUUCAAUAAGUUGAUUCACAUAAGCACCUUUCAUUUAUCAAGUAUGUUUUUUAUUAUUUAAUUAAUAUCAAUUUUUAAAAUGAUAAUAAUUAACAAUUUACAAAUUCAAUUUUCAUUAAAACAAUCACUUUUUUUAAAAAUAAAAAUUUAUAAUAUCAAUUUAAUUCACAUCAAAAUAAUUGUUGGAUUAUUCGUUUCUUUUUCUUUUUUUUUUCUACCAAUCAAUUCAGUUGAUAUUAGUGUAUUUCAUUAUUAUUAAUAAUAAUGAGUUAUUUAUUUUAUUCAUUCUCAACACGAGUAGACUUUUUCUUGUUUCUUUCAUUUGAUUAAACGUCAUAAUGAUUAACACAAAAAUAAAUUAUCAGUUUAAUCAAUUAGCAGUAAUAUUUGUUAGCAAAAGAAAUUUAUGUUAUAUAAUAUAUGUGAAUAUGCGUUAUGAAGAAAAAGGAAGAAAAUGUGCUUAUAAAUAAAUGUGCAUAAAUGAAAUACAAGAAGAUUUAUUGGAAUGAUAAUUAAAAUUAAGCUAGGAAAAAAAAAAUAAUAAUAAAAAAUAAAUAAAUGUAAAAUAAGAUAUAAAUAUAUAUUAAAUAUAUUAAUGAAAUUAAAAGUUUUUUUUUUUUUUUUAAAUAAUAUUAAGAUUUAAAUAACAUGCUAAGUCGUAGAAUAAAAUAAAACUUUAAUUUUUAAAAGAAAAAAAAUCUUUAAGAUAAAGUGGUGUGUUCAUUAUUUAAAAAAAAAAAAACAUAAAAUGAAUAUUGUACAAAAUUUUUGUCGUAAUGUUUUUAAUUAUUAAUAAGAAUAUUUUUCAGUUUUUAUUUGCACAUGUUUACUAUGUACGUCUUAUUGAAGUGGUUAAUAGAAAAAAAAAUAAUUAAAUUAAGAAAAUAAAAAUUUAAUAAUUAUUUAAAAAAAUUAAUAUACAAAAAAAAAAAAGGAAAAAU